AUGGAACAGUUCAGGUCUCUGUUUACAGGGAUCAUGCAACUUGUGUUUGUGGAAGGUAUUAGUAUGAUAAAAUCUGCAAGCACUCCCUAGCAGUAGCCGCCUCCAAAGCAAUUCUGACGGAACAUCUAAAUUUCGUCAGUAGUAAAUCAGGUCAAGUUCGUAAAAGAACAGCUCUUGCAGAGCACGAUGUCCAAAAAGCAACGGCGGGAAAGAAGGGUGGAAGGAACAAGUAUAGCUAUCGACCUGCGAGGGGCAAGGCCCAGCCAAGCUCGAGUGCAUCUGCGCAAACAGGGCCUUUGUACUCCGAGAUACACCAUAAAUCCAUUUGAGUUGGUGUUUCUCGUGGAAAGUGUGAAGAGGUGCAAAUCGUGUCAUCUCGAUUUUUGUCAUAGAAAGAAGGUCAUUCCGUUCGAUGUAAUCUUCUCUCACAAAGAGCGAUGGAUGUAUCCCAUCAAUGGAGAUUGGUCGAAUUGCAGGCCAUCUCAACGGGAGACAGUCCGAUAUUAUCAUGCCUCGAUGAAGUGCCUGCUAACAAGAUUUCCAUACUUCACUACCAAUUACAUUAGCAUUUCCAGUGACGUCAAAGAAAGUCUUCGAGACUUUAUCUUACAAACGAGUUUGGGCUAA